CUGCUGCCGCAGCAGAAGAGCGAGCGAUGAAGAACCCGUCAGUUGGUUUGUUAAACCCCGCCGAGCCGCCCGGCCGAGGCGGCGGAGGGUUUCCGGAGGAUCCGGAGACGCAGCGGGACGACGUGCUGGACUUCCUGAAGAAAGAGGUCGGCAGCGACCUCAAGUCCCUGAAGAAUGUCGGCGACCUGCUGGAAAAGCUGAAGGAGGAAAACAGCUACCUGGAGGAACAGGUUCUGACCGUGUCCAGUUCUCUGCCUCCCAAAGUGUCUGCGGCUCUGUCGGCUGCCGAGGCCGCCGUGAGCUCCGUGGAGGACCUUCUGCAGAGGGAGCAGCUCGUCUCCAACAAGCUGGAGCAGCACCUGGAGGACGCCCGGCCGUGGAUGGACAACCUCGGCCAGACGCUCAGCCAAGUGGACACGAUAGAGCAACACGUGAAAUACCUGUGCUGCCUCCAGCACAUCGAGGAGCUCAGUGCUGUGGUCCAGCAGUGUCUGAUGACCAGCAGCGUGUGGGAGGCCAUCAGGGCCGUGGACAAGAUGGCCGCGCUGGACGCCGGACUGAGCCAGUCCAGGUGUUCUCACCUGCAGGACUUCCUCCGAGAGACGCUUCACUUCUGGCACAAGAUCAUCAAAGACCGACUGGCCGGCGACUUUGAGAAGGUGUUGACUCAACUCCACUGGCCGGUCAUCUCGCCUCCCACGCAGUCGCUGACGCCCACGGCCAACGGGCAGGAGGUGGGCAGCCAGCUGGAGCUGCUGGUCACGCAGCUUCUCGCCCUGCAGACGUCCGACGACCUGGUCUCCCAGAGGGCUCUGGCCUCCGGUCAAGUCGCCCCCCCCACCCAGCCCGCUUCUUCAGCCACGCCCCUCUGCCUGCCCAUCCAGAUCAUGCUGCAGCCGCUCGUCAAGAGGUUCAGAUACCACUUCUACGGGAACCGGCAGACCAACUCCCUCGGCAAGCCCGAGUGGUACCUCACACAGGUCCUCAUGUGGAUGGGCAACAGCUCCACCUUCAUGGAGGAGAAGAUCCAGCCGAUCCUAGACCGGGCCGGGGCCCCUAUCGGUGCCAUGGUGGAGCUGUGUCGAGGCCUGCUGUCUGUGGUCAAGGAGAAGGUGGCCAGCGACGCCUCCAGGCUGCUCUACGACGACGUGCUCUUCUGCCACCUGGUGGAGGAGGUGCUGCAGUUUGAGAAGGAGCUGCGGAGCAAGCAGUCGUACCCGGCGGCGCUGCCCGGUCUGCUCCACCUCCUGCUCGAAGACGCAACCCUUCAGAAGUGGCUCACUAUGGAAAAGAAGAUGGCGGUGGAGAAGAUGGACGCCAUGCUGUCGGCCGAGGGAGCGUGGAGCUCUCAGUACAAAGACAUCAGCGACAUGGACGAGCUGAAGGCUCCGGACUGCGCCGAGACCUUCAUGACUCUCCUCCAGGUCAUCACCGAGCGGUACCGGGCCCUGCCCUGUCCUUCUGCACAGCUCAAGUUCCUGGCGCUCCAGAGAGAACUGGUGGACGACUUCCGCAUCCGACUCACCCAGGUGAUGAAGGAGGAGUCUCGCUGCCCGCUCGGGGACCGUUAUUGCGCCAUCCUCAACUCCGUAAACUACAUUUCCACCAUCCUGGCAGACUGGGGAGAAAAUGUGUUCUUCCUGCAGCUGCAGCAGGCGGCGGUGUCCCUGGGCGACGAGGCCGUGCUGGGGGGCCUCGGGGUGACGGAGGUGGGCCGCCUGGCCUCUCUGGAGGACUCGCUGUUCGUGGGCCUGCUGGCGCUGCUGGACCGGCUGAAGGGCGACAUGAUGGGCCGGCUGCUGGAGUGGACCAUGAGAGACGUCACGGAAACGGUCAAACCCUACGGCCAGGACAGGUGGUUGUCUCUGCCGCCCCAGCAGGACCAGUCCACCAUGACCCUGUCCAGCUCGGCGUGUCCCAUGAUGCUGUGUGUGAGAGACAGACUGCUGACCCUCCAGCAGGUCCUGACCUUUGACCUGUUCCAGCUGGCCUGGCAGGGCCUGGCGGAGAGACUCAACAGCCUCCUCUACCAGGACGUGAUCCUGUCCAAUCACUUCAGUGAAGGAGGAGCGGCUCAGCUUCAGUUUGACAUGACCAGAAAUCUGUUUCCUCUGUUCGGUCACUACUGCCAACGGCCGGAGAACUUCUUGAAGCACGUGAAGGAGGCGUGCAUCAUCCUGUGUCUGAACGUGGGCUCUGCUAUCCUGCUGAGGGAUCUCCUCAGGGAGUCCAACGAGGACGGGCCCGAUUGGGCCGGCGCCGAGGCUCCGACCCCGGAGUCGGCGCUGAACGAGCUGGGGGUCUACUGCCUGGCCACCUGCGACGUGCUGAUCCUCCUGAACCUCCGAGCCCCCCGGCCCGGACAGUAACGCCCCCCCGCUGUCUGUCAUCUCGUUUUGUAAAUACAAUAAGUCAGAACGCAUCAGCUCUUCACUCAGCUCUACGUCGUUGUUUGAACUUAUUAUUGUGUUGCACUAAGUUUCAACUCAGUUGCCCGAAAGUAUGACACACAAAAAAAUAUAGAACUGACAAUUUUUCUGUUAAACGGAUUGUUUAAUAAAGGGCAGAUGGUUUCUGCCGAGCAGA